GAGCGCGGGCGGCGGGGACCUGGUGGUGGCGGCGGCGGCUUCGGCGGGAGCAGCAUGGAUUGGGGCACUGAGCUCUGGGAUCAGUUUGAGGUGCUCGAGCGCCACACGCAGUGGGGGCUGGACCUGCUGGACAGAUACGUGAAGUUCGUGAAGGAGCGGACGGAGGUAGAACAGGCUUACGCGAAGCAACUGCGAAACCUGGUGAAAAAAUACCUGCCCAAGAAACCUGCCAAGGAUGACCCUGAAUCCAAGUUCAGCCAGCAGCAGUCUUUCCUGCAAAUCCUCCAGGAGGUGAACGAUUUUGCUGGGCAGCGGGAGCUGGUUGCUGAGAACCUGAGCGUCCGCGUGUGCCUCGAGCUGGCCAAAUACUCUCAGGAGAUGAAGCAGGAGAGGAAGAUACACUUCCAGGAAGGCCGACGGGCCCAGCAGCAGCUGGAAAAUGGCUUCAAACAGCUGGAGAAUAGUAAGCGCAAGUUUGAGAGGGACUGCCGGGAGGCCGAGAGGGCAGCCCAGACUGCUGAGCGGCUGGACCAGGAUAUCAACGCUACCAAGGCUGAUGUGGAGAAGGCCAAGCAACAAGCCCACCUGAAAAGCCACAUGGUAGAAGAAAGCAAAAAUGAGUACGCGGCCCAACUGCAGCGCUUCAACCGAGACCAGGCCCACUUCUACUUCUCCCAGAUGCCCCAGAUAUUCGAUAAGCUGCAGGACAUGGACGAACGUCGUGCCACCCGCCUGGGAGCCGGAUACGGGCUUCUGUCCGAGGCUGAGCUGGAGGUGGUCCCCAUUAUCGCCAAGUGCCUGGAGGGCAUGAAGGUGGCCUCAGGCGCCGUAGAUGCCAAGAACGACUCGCAGGUCCUCAUUGAGCUGCACAAGUCCGGCUUUGCCCGCCCCGGCGACGUGGAAUUUGAAGACUUCAGCCAGCCCAUGAACCGGGCACCCUCAGACAACAGCCUGGGCACCCCCUCCGAUGGCCGGACGGAUUCCCGCACCCCUAACCGCAUCCGUAUCAAGCGCUGGCCCUUUGGCAAGAAGAACAAGCCGCGCCCCCCACCUCUCUCCCCCCUGGGGGGCCCCCUCCCCUCGGCCUUGCCUAAUGGACCCCCGUCCCCCCGCUCCGGCCGUGACCCCUUGGCCAUACUGAGCGAGAUCAGUAAGUCUGUCAAACCGCGGCUAGCAUCCUUCCGCAGCUUCCGAGGCAGCCGAGGGACAGUGGUGACGGAGGAUUUCAGCCACUUGCCCCCGGAGCAGCAGAGGAAGCGGCUUCAGCAGCAGCUUGAAGAGCGCAACCGGGAACUCCAGAAGGAGGUCGACCAGAGGGAAGCACUGAAGAAAAUGAAGGAUGUUUAUGAGAAGACCCCUCAGAUGGGGGACCCUGCCAGCCUAGAGCCCCAGAUCACAGAAACCCUGAGCAACAUUGAACGGCUCAAGCUGGAAGUGCAGAAGUAUGAGGCUUGGCUGGCCGAAGCUGAGAACCGGGUGCUGAGCAACCGGGGGGACAGCCUGAACCGCCAUGCCCGGCCCCCUGAUCCCCCAGCCAGUGCCCCCCCAGAUGACAGCAACAGCUCACAGGACAACAAGGACAGCUUUGAAGGGGCCCCAUCAGAGGAGGGCCAGGACACCCCCAUCUACACGGAGUUCGAUGAGGACUUUGAGGAGGAUCCCGCCUCCCCCAUUGGUCAUUGUGUGGCCAUUUAUCACUUUGAAGGGUCCAGCGAGGGCACCAUCUCCAUGGCAGAAGGAGAGGACCUCAGCCUCAUGGAGGAAGACAAGGGCGACGGCUGGACCCGCGUCCGGCGGAAACAGGGCGGGGAGGGCUACGUGCCCACCUCCUACCUCCACGUCACACUCACCUGAGCCCGAAGCGGGAAGAGGGGGGGCUGUCGGCUGCUGCUUCUGGGCCACGGGGGCCCCAGGACCUGUGCACUUUAUUUCAACCCCCGUGGCUUCGGCUGAGACCUGUGUACCCUGCUGCCCCCACCCCACCCCACGGGCCCGCUGUGCCUUGUUCACUGAUGUACAUACUCCUGUGUCAGGUCUUUUCUUCCUGUCGCUGGGCUGGGGCUUAGUUUUAUAUAUAAA